AUGAACCCCAACGCCGAUCCCAGUUCUCUACUUCCGAUCAAGGGAGAUGAUUAUCAGCAAGAAGCAAGCUUGGAUGAAGCUGAUGUCGCUAUGGACAUUUCAGAUUCGGAUGGUGACGGUGAUAGCAAAGAAUUGAUUGUUGGAGACGACACUCAAAGGAGAAAGGAAAGCCCAAUCUUGAUGUGGAAAGCUUGGGAAGAAGACUAUGUCAGAUGGUUAGAAUCUGUCGCAGAUGCAGACACGGAGAUCGAUAAUGUGAAUCAAGUUCUGGCGGAGACUGCUGAACCACCGCCCAGUUUAACUAUGCCUCUGCUAAGAUUUCAGAAAGAGUGGUUAGCUUGGGCGCUGCAGCAGGAGGAAUCUGCAGCCCGGGGAGGCAUCCUUGCCGAUGAGAUGGGGAUGGGCAAGACUGUCCAGGCCAUCGCACUGGUCCUGGCUAAGAAGGAACUUCAAGGAGCGGGGGAUGGAGCUUUCCCCCUACCAAGUUCAUCUCUUGGGUUGCCAAAAGCGAAGGCGACCCUUGUCAUAUGUCCUCCCAUUGCGGUGACGCAAUGGGCGAACGAGAUUAGCCGUGUCACGGUGACAGGUAGCCAGAAGGUGUUGGUCUAUUAUGGAUCCAAGAGGGGCAAGUCCCUUCAUGAAUUCUUGGAUCAUGAUUUCGUGAUCACCACGUAUUCAAUCGUCCAAGCUGAAUACAAGGAGUAUGUCUUGCCCGAGAAACAAAGAUGCACAGGGUGUGGAGAGUUGUUUGAUGAAGGGAUCCUGGAUUAUCACCGAGCUUUUUGUGUUAACAAUCCUGGGGUGGAUGUUACUCAGUCGGUGUAUGACGGGAAAAAGGAACCUCUAAAGAAAGUAAAGGGCUUGAAUAAGGAUAAGGCCUUUGGAGCUGGUUCUUCUACCAGUGAUUCAGAAGGAGCUGAAAACAGACCUCGUCCAAGCAAUUAUAAUUUGUACUCCGUGGACUGGAACCGAAUAAUAUUGGAUGAGGCUCACCAUAUCAAAGAUCAUCGAAGUAGCACUUCGAAUGCUGUUCUUUUCUUAAACUCUACCUACAAAUGGGCUCUAAGUGGCACUCCCCUUCAAAAUCGUGUUAGAGAACUUUACUCACUUAUCCGCUUCCUCCAGAUUUUUCCAUAUUCUUAUUACUUCUGUAUGGAGUGUGAUUGCAUAGAACUUAUUUACAGCUCUUUAACUUAUUGUUCAGUUUGCAAUCAUACACCUUUCAGCCACUUUUGCUGGUGGGAUAAAUAUGUUGCCAGACCAAUACAAGCGGAAGGACAUACUGGGCGUGGCAGAGAUGCAAUGCUUUUGCUGAAGCAUAAAAUUUUGAAAAGUAUACUCCUUAGGCGUACUAAACAGGGCAGAUCUGCCGAUCUUGCGCUUCCUCCCAAAAUGAUCUUUUUACGACGGGACUCACUCGAUAUCAAGGAAGAUGAUUACCUCAAAUCAUUGUACAAUGAUUCUCGGGCCCAAUAUAACACAUAUGUCAACGAAGGAACUAUUAUGAAUAACUACGCCAAUAUCUACAAUCUCCUCACACGUGUGCGACAGGCUUUGAAUCAUCCGUACCUAGUGGUAUACUCUAAAAAUGCCAUGAGCAAAGAAUCAAGUGCGGCGAAUGAUGGUGGUGAAGUAAAAUGUGGGCUGUGUCAUGAAUCUGUAAAAGAUCCUCUGGUUAAUGAUUGUGGACACACCUUUUGUCGAUCUUGUUUCAUCGACUUCUCAGCUAGUGCGGGACAAGUCUCAUGCCCUACAUGCAGCAUUACAGGUUUUAAGAGCUCCAGUAUUCUCAACAGAAUUCGGCUUGAUGACUUCCAGACUAGUACAAAACUAGAGGCUUUGAGGGAAGAAAUUAGAUUUAUGAUUGAGAGAGAUGGUUCUGCAAAAGGAAUCGUUUUUAGCCAAUACCCAUCAUUCUUGGAUUUGAUUCACUAUUCUCUGCAGAAGUCCGGAGUUCAGUGUGUUCAGUUGGAUGGAUCGACGAAUAUGAAGGCGAGAGAUAUAGCCAUCAAAAGAUUUAACGAGGAUCCAGAUUGUAUAUUAUUUCUGAUGAGCUUGAAAACGGGAGGGAUUGCACUUAAUCUCACAGCGGCAUCACAUGUAUUCUUGAUGGACGCGUGGUGGAAUCCUGCAGUUGAGCAACAGGCUCAAGAUAGAGUACAUAGAAUUGGGCAGUUUAAACCCGUGAGGGUUGUGAAGUUCAUUAUAGAAGGUUCAAUCGAAGAAAGAAUCUUAAAGUUGCAAGAGACGAAGCAAUUAUUAUUUGAAGGGACUGUUAGUGGGUCUGCCGAUGCACUAGGAAAGUUAACAGAGAAAGACAUAAAAUUCCUGUUUUCAACAUAAAUGCUAACUGCAAUUGGCGCCUAAAGGGAAGUGGCGCCUCCUGGUGAAUGCUA